GUGAGCGGGCGCUUAAAGCUCGGCGCCGGCCGCGGCGGGGCCCAGGCGGACAGGCCAUGGCGCUGCGCGGCGGCAGGCGCUGCCUGCGCUGGCUCUGGGCGCUCGGCGGCGGCGCGGCCCCGCGGCGCGGCCUCGGCUCGGGGCGGCGGGACGGCGGCGAGGCGCCGGAGCACGGCGAGCUGCGGGCGGCCCUCAGGAAGAUCAUUGACAAGGAGAUUAAUCCCUUCGUGGACAAGUGGGAAGAGGAAGGACAGUUCCCAGCUCACAAAGUAUUUAAAACCCUGGGUCAAGCUGGAUUCCUUGGUGUGGAUAAGCCAAAAGAGUACGGCGGCAUGGGCUUGGACUUCUCCUACACGAUGGCCGUGGCAGAAGAGCUGGGAAACGUCCACUGUGGAGCUAUUCCUAUGGCUGUUGGGGUGCAGAUGAGCAUGGCCACUCCUGCUCUCACCAGGUUUGGUUCUGAUGAGUUGAAAAAAGAGUUCCUGGUGCCAACUAUCGCUGGAGAUUUUGUGGCUUGCUUGGGAAUCAGCGAGGCUGGAGCUGGGUCAGAUGUUGCAAGCAUCAAGACAACAGCAGUGAGAGAAGGCGACGAAUACAUCAUCAACGGCGGCAAGAUGUGGAUCACCUCCGGCUGCCAGGCAGACUGGAUGUGCCUGCUGGCAAACACCAGCCCAGGGCCCCCUCACCGCAACAAGUCCCUCAUCUGCCUGCCCAUGGACCUGCCUGGGGUUCACGUGGCUAAGAAGAUAGACAAGCUGGGCAUGAGGUCGUCAGACACAGCUCAGAUCUUUUUCGAAGAUGUCAGAGUGCCCAGCAAAAACCUCAUCGGUGAGGAGGGGGAGGGCUUCACCUACCAGAUGCUGCAGUUCCAAGAGGAGAGACUGUGGGGAGUAGCCUCUGUGCUGCCCGCCCUGGAGAAGGUGGUGGAGGAGACGAAGGCGUACACAGGGCAGCGGCAAGCGUUCGGCAGGCCCCUGCUGCACAACCAGGCCCUGCACUUCCGCCUGGCCGAGCUGGCCACGGAGCUGGAGCUGCUGCGCUCGCUGCUCUACCGCGCCACCGAUCUCUACCUGGAAGGCAACGAUGUGACCAAAUUUGCCUCCAUGGCUAAGCUGAAGGCAGGCCGCCUGGCGCGGGAGGUGGCCGACAGCUGCCUGCAGUUCUGGGGAGGGAUGGGCUUCACCAGCGAGGUGCUGGUGAGCAGGCUUUACAGAGAUGUGAGACUGCUGUCAAUAGGAGGUGGUGCAGAUGAAGUCAUGCUGUCCAUCAUCUGCAAAUACAUGGGCAUGCUGCCCAGCAAGUGAUGCUUCUCCACUCUGCCUCAGGGAUGAAGCAAGAGCAUGGCUGAGCUGCACAGGCAAGUGACAGGCAGCAGUCUGAACACUCCUGGCCUCCUGCAAGGUUCUGGGGUUUUUCUCUGUCCCAUUUUUCAGCAGUUACUGCUUUGGAAAGUCCAAUGAGCCCAACCAAGCACCCAGGAAAAAAACAUGAGGGUAGAGCUACAAGAAAAUCAAGGCAGGUCUACAUUCUGGAGCAUCUGACCUGUCCUUCAACCAGAACUUGGCUGUGGAUGCUGCAGUGGUAGCUUCAUCCCUCUUCAAUGGAGCUCUGCUUUCAAGAUCAGCAAUUAAGGCACAAAGUAUUCCCUGCUGUAUUCAGCUCCUGGGGAAGGGUUUUGCAAUUCAGAGCAAAAUCACUCUUCCAUCUUUCACUUCUUGCCAGGAAUCAUUAAGAUCAGCUCUGGCAUCUUUGCCAAGUCCACAUGGAGCUGCACUACAGCUGUGGAUGUUCGGUGGUGGGAGUGGGGGUGAAUUUUGGUGGUAGGACUCUGUAAGCACCAGUUUAAGAAGCUCUUGGAGGCUGAACUUCUGUAGCACCUUACCAUGUGCUGUGUGUAAUUAUUAAAGAGGAAUAGGAAACAG